AGUGAAAGACAUGGCACACAUUAUUCGGUCAUGGGGAAUGAAAGAUUCCGUAGAAUCAAAUAUUAUCAAAAUAUUGGAAGAAAAUGCAAUUAGCGACGAAAAUUUAUCCGAUCUUACUCCAGAGCUUAUCAAAGAAAUGAUACCUCAAAUUGGAUUAAGAAUCGAGUUCUUGAAGAAAUGGUCAGCGGUAUUUCAAACAGAGAAAAUGUCUGAUGUUACGGAUUCAAGUGCAGGAACAUCUGAAGCAUCAGACAAUUUUGUAUCACAAAGUUCAUCUGAGAAUGCUUAUAGUUUAAAAAGACAGAACGCUUUUAGUGGAAAACUGAUGUAUGCCUUAAGAACAAAAACUAUCAAUAUCAAAGAAAUUCUAUAUAAGAAUAUUCAAGGAAAAGCGAUUUAUAAAUCAUCAGUAGACGAUCUAUCCGAUCAUAGAACCGACAAUUCGGACUCAUUCUCUGAUGAAGAAAUUGUUGUUAAAAAUUGGAAAAUUACGGCUGAAUAUCGACGAAAAAGUAUACAAUCAAACCGAGAUUUAAAAUUGUGUCAAAUUUUUGAAAGUUGGCCCGUUCUCAAACAUCCCAAUGCAUAUACAUUAAUUGAAGAAGAUUACUCUUAUCUAAAAUUGCCAACGCAAGAAUUAACAUUAGAAAGUUGGGAAAAGUUUUUUGCAAAAAUUUUAGCUGUUCGACCACCAAAGAAAGACGAUAACAAUGCGCAAGCUUUGCUAACGCUGAUUCAAAGCGACAAUUUGACAGAUAAUACAAAAAUUAUUUUGCAACUNAGACUUCUUCCACAUUUACUUCCACCUAAAAGCCGAACCCGUCUGAAAAAAAGUCAAUGGAAACCAUCGAUACCUGAAUGUAAAGAUAGCAUAGUUAUUACAACUACUUUAAUAGCAGACAUCACAAAAGUCCAAGAAGAAAAGAGAAAAGCAGCCGCGGAUUUAGGAAUUACAUUACAGCCUUUUAUUAUUGCUGUCGGCCCAUCCAAAGCGGAUAUUUCUGAUAUUUUUAUAUCAGUUGAUGACACCUUGUACAAGGUAUUGUCAGCUCUGAAAGCUAUAGACUUAUGUUUCAAAAUCUUUCAAGUUUUUGACGUUGAAUAUCCGAUUGAAAGCGCUCAUAUAUGGUUGUUAUUUCAAAGAAUUUUAUAUGACUAUGAAAGUAGUUUGGAUAAAAUGACUCCAAAUAUAACGGAAACAAUAAGUGAUAUGAUGACAUUUCAGGAUAAAAACACGUAAACAGUCAAA